CUUCCCUUCGCAGAACUGGGUGAGGCUUUGCCUCCUCCUACACCUCCGCUACCAACACCAACACCAACAAAGCCUCGGCCGGUCGGAGGUGAAGCUAUUAUUCGUUUCUGUAAAAUCUCGUUACCAGUUCCUUUUUUUUUUUUCCUUUUUUUUUUCUUUGUAAAUACUAUCUAUGGCGUCUGCAAAGAAAGAUUUGGAUCGGGUAAAGGGCCCAUGGAGUCCUGAAGAGGACGAACUGCUGCAGCAUUUGGUGCAGAAGCACGGUCCCAGGAACUGGUCUCUGAUAAGCAAAUCGAUUCCCGGAAGAUCGGGCAAGUCCUGCCGUCUGCGGUGGUGCAAUCAGCUGUGUCCGCAGGUGGAGCACCGUGCUUUCACGCCGGAGGAGGACGAGGCCAUCAUCAGAUCCCACGCGAGGUUCGGCAACAAAUGGGCCACCAUCGCUCGCCUCCUCAACGGCCGUACGGACAACGCCGUGAAGAACCACUGGAACUCUACUCUGAAGCGCAAAUGCUCGUCGAUGACCGAAGACGAAAACGGCACCGAAAACGCGCAUCAUCAGCCCCCGAAGCGAUCGGCUGGCGCCGGACCGGUUUCGGGCCUGUACCUGAACCCGAGCAGUCCUUCCGGAUCCGAACUGAGCGAUUCUUGCAUUCCCGUCGUAUCAUCCUCGCACGUUUACAGACCUUUGGCGAGGACCGGAUCGAUGGCCCCGGCGGUUCAGCGGAUCGAGACCUCUUCUUCGACGGACGACCCGGCUACCUCCCUCAGCCUCUCGCUGCCGGGAUCCGAUUCGUGUGAGGUCUCGAACUGCCCAUCCGGAUCCAAUCAAGCUGUUAGCACGGAGCAGAUGGUAACAGCCGUUCAGCUCCCACGCGUGCCGUUGCGGCAAGUUCGGGUGCCGCCCCAGAGCAAUCAUAACUGCGAGUCGAUGGUCGCCGAGAAGCCUUUCUUCAGUGGGGAGUUCUUAGCGGUGAUGCAGGAGAUGAUAAGAAAGGAAGUGAGGAACUACAUGGCGGGGAUUGAGCAGAAGGGUAUGUGCAAUUUUCAGGCCGAAGCUAUUAGGAACGCUGUGGUGAAGCGUAUUGGGAUUAGCAAGAUCGAGUAGAGAAGGAAACCAACGCAAAAAAAAAAUAUUAAAAAAAAAUCGUAUUUGUGGUUUCUUCUUUUUGAUAGAAUUCUUCUGGUGUUCUUCUUUUAUGCGGAAAAUAUAAUAAUCUGGUGGGUUGUGUACAGAGAGGAGGAGGAAGGGUAGAGUAAAUAUGCAGGGGGGAAGGGUUUUUGUUCCUGAGGGAGAUCGGGGUUUUAGUCGAGUUCUGAUAGGCAGUUUCCAAUAGGAAAGUAAUAAAUUUUCUGUUGCCGCGAGCUGCAGCUUCAUGGAUUGUAAUGCAGGAAGGAGGAGGAAAAAACAUUUAACAAAAUUGAGUUGGAACUCAAAUGGAGCCAAGUUUUGUUAUCUUUAUUAGGAGGACAGAGAGGAGACAACUGUUUCUGUUCAUUUCCGUCCUUUUGUGAAAAAAAAAAAAGAGUAAUGAGAACUUGGGUUUUGUUUGGGAGCAAGGAAAAA